GUGGGACGCAAACGUCCUCUCUGCGCCUGCGAGAUUUGCAGUUUUGCGGCCCGGACACCGGAGGAGUACCUGCCAUCCCGGAAGCAGGCAAGAAACCGGAAGGAGUUCUUGGGGGCGCGGACCUGCAGCGGAAGUGGAGGAACAGAGCCCUCCUUCCCCACGUGCCUGCAGCCGAGAGACGCCACCCAGGGCCGGGACUGCGCUAGCUCAGGAGGCUGUGCGUGCUGAUGUCAACGCCGAGCCCCCAGCUGCUUGUGGCAGCCGCUCAGCGGACGCUGGGCACGGGAAAGAGAAGGGGUCUCUCGCGAUCCGUCUGCCUUCACCUGGCCGGAGAAGUGCUGGCUGUGGCCCGGGGGCUGAAGCCAGCUCUGCUGUAUGAUUACAGCUGUGCGGAGGCGGCAGCGCUCCGGAGUUACCUGGAGGAGCUGCAGGCGCUGGGCUUCCUGACCCUGGGACUUCACAUUCUUGAGAUCGGAGAAGACAGCCUGAUUGUCAGUCCUGCGCAUGCGUGUCAGCACUUGGAGCAGGUGUUGGGUGGGCCCGCAGCCUUUGUGGAUGUGUCCAGCUCCCAGCCUCACCCUUCCAUCUGCUCCCUGGACCAGCUUCAGGACUUGAAAACUGUCAUGGCUGAGAUCCUCACCCAUCUGCGGGGGCUGCACCUGUCUCUGGAAGUCUCCCACAGCAGGCUCCUGGCCUCAGGCUGGAAUCUCUGCACUGUAUUUGGCGUCCUUCUAGGCUAUCCUGUUCCCUAUACCUUUCGCCUGAACCAGGCAGAUGACAACUGCUUAGGCCUGACCCCGCUUCGGGUGUUCACUGCCCGCAUCUCAUGGCUGUUAGAUCAACCUCCAGUGCUACUCUACUCCUUUAGUAUACCAGAGAACUUGUUCCAAGCUGUGAGGGACGUUCUGAACACCUGGGAGAAGGACCUCAGAACCCAGUUCAGGACUCAGAAUGACUUUGCUGACCUCAGCAUCUCCUCUGAAAUAAUCACAUUGCCAGCUGUGGCCCUCUGACUUUAUCCUCUCGAAUAGAAGUAUGGCGCUGGGAGAGGAGGAACCAGCUUCUACACAGCUGUCUCCAGUUCAACCAAUAAACAGCAGGACCUGCUCCUGAUUGGAGGAGAGCAGCGUACUCGGCGUGUGGGUAGCAGAGUUGGGAUUGGUGGAAGAGGACUAUAAAGGAGGAGAGAGACAACAUGCACCGGGAACAUCUGAGCAGCCCCCGAGAGAGCCGGCCGGCGGUGUGCCGCUCCCCCGCAGAAGUGGGGAAAGUGGCAGGGGGAACCGCCCUUCCACGGAGGUGGAAGGGACGGUAGCCAACCCGGGAAGAACCAGCAGCAAACCCGGGGAGGGCCGAGCAGACAAAAGAACAGCGCAGGGUCCUGUGUCGUUCCUCCACGAAGAGGGGGAGCGACAAACACAAUCCAUGUGACAUGUGUAGCACAAACUCCAACGCAGAAAAAGUGUUCAGAAAAUACAGUUAUCAUUAGUAUUAGUAAUGAUAAAGAUAUCAACGUGGCAUUUAAUGUGUUUGUCCAGGUGGCAAUGAAGAUGCAGAAGCAAGAGACUAUGUUAAGCCAUAGACUGGUUCCUGUAGCAGUGAUUUUUUUGUGCAACUCACGGAGCACAAUGCAUCCUAUUUCCUAUCCUUAAUUUUCCUUAAGUUAUGCUCAAGGCACAAAGGAGAAGUCUUAAGUGGUCUUGCAGGAGAAAAGCAGAGAAAGGUGAGAGAAGAGAGAACAGGAAAGAGUAAGUAGAGGGAGAGAGUCAUUGAAGGAGCCAGGCAUGGCAAAAGACUUCCUGAAAAGGUCACAAUGUAGAUGCAUAGUUUAACAACUUGAAAAACAGUGAAAAACAAUACUGAAUGGACUAGACAAAGACACCGCAAAAUUUUUAGCCUUUAGUAUGAAGAUUGUACUUGAGGCACACACCAUUACACAAUUAUCUGUGGCUACAACUGUCACCGACAUUUAUCAUGACUGUAUUUCGUCUUUCAGAUUUCAUGACUUACCAUUGACCUUACACGUUUAGAUUAGUACUUCUCAAAUUCAGUGUUCUUGAGGACCAUGCGUGGAUCAGCCUGUUAAACUGAAGAUUUAAGCCCAUUCCGCACAUUUGCAUCCCACCAAGGUUUUUCUAGCUUUUGCUCUGGCAUAGACUACAGUAUCAAAGAGCUCAGCAGGAAAGAGUGACUUUAGCCAUGAGUGGUAUUUAUAGUGGGUAUUGAGGGUUGGUUUGGGGCAGGUGAAGUGUGGUUGCUGAAGCCUGUUCAACCUCAUCUAGGAACCCCUGAAGAAAUGGGACAGGAAGGCCUUUGGAAGGGAAGUCCCACAGUGACAGCUGCAGGAGGCGUGGAGGAAUUAUCAGUUAUGAAGUCGCUUUAUUAUUUUUUUUAUUUGACAGGUAGAGUUAUAGACAGUGAGAGAGACAGAGAGAAAAGUCUUCCUUCUCUUGGUUCACUCCCCAAAUGGCCGCUACGGACGGUGCUGCGCUGAUCUGAAGCCAGGAGCCAGGUGCUUCCUCCUGGUCUCCCACGCGGGUGCAGGGGCCCAAGCACUGGGGCCAUCCUCCACUGCCUUCCCAGGCUACAGCAGAGAGCUGGACUGGAAGAGAAGCAACCAGGACUAGAACCCGGCGCCCAUAUGGGAUGCCGAUGCUGCAGGCAGAAGAUUAACCAAGUGAGCCAUGGCGCCGGCCCCCGCCCCGCCCUUUUUUAAAAUUUUAUUUAUUUGACAGGUAGAAUUAUGGACUGUGUGUGUGUGAGAGAGAGAGAGAGAGAGAGAAAGGUGAAAUUUCUUUAAAGACCAAACUUAGGAUGACAUGGGAAAACAUGGCUCCCCCAGGGUCAUUUCCAGUCCUGCCCCACAUGACAACCUGAAGUAGUGAGUGUAUGCCCCUGUGUUCCCAGGACUCCAGAGAAAAUACCAUCCGCAACUCCUGCCAAGUCACAGGAAAAACUACGAGUGUCCCAGAUGGGCCUCCAAAAUCCAGGAAGGCACCCAGCAGAAUAGUCAGAUUGGAUCCCCAAAGGAUUAGGCAGCAUCAGUGAGCUCUGAACACUUGCCAGGACUAGAGGAGGCCCAUCCAUAACAGCUGAGUUCCUGCCAAAAUAAGACCUUUCCUACUCUUGACUUUUCUUCCCUCUAUUCUCCCCUUUCUAAAACCCAAGAGAGGCUGGAGAGAAAAUGAGUGGGGUGGGGGAGGAAAGGCCAAAAGCGCGCCCUUUCCUACCCCAAGUUUCCUAACAGUAGGUUCCAGCUUGACACAGGGAGAAGUUUGUGUUCAAGUAAAAUGACUGGGCAUUUUACCUACUAAAGUGAAACUGCUCUUGAGACUGGCAUCCAUCCGAGGACCUUUUAUUGUCCUAGAGUGACCUGAAAAGUGUUGCUGCCUGCCCUAGAUCACAUUCAGGUUCAGGGAGAGCUGCCCAUAGAACAGGUUUGAACAGGCAGGUUUGAUCUUCCCUACAAGAUCCAUGUGUUCACCUGUCGGUGGAAAAACUGUGCCAGAGUCUGAAGUUCAUUAAAUAAAAUCAGUAAGUAAAUAAAUGUGCUGUUUUAAAACACACAAGGCUGUUCUGAAAAUGAAGGGAUUAGAAGGCUAAAUGCUUUUGCCCAAGGUUAAGUUUUGGUGUGUGUCGGGGGAGAAAAAGCCGUCACUGCAGAAUAAACAAGUGGCCGCUAGAUUGUUCUUCUGGGGAGUUGUAGACCACAACGGAAUAGAGCUAUGGGGACCAUACUUUCUGAAGCAAAACAUGGGACAUGGCGUCUGACAAGUAUGAGCGCAGACAUGGUGCUAAAUGGGACAGAAUGUUUGCAAUUAGCUCUGUCCCAGAAAUGCUGGGACUUAGCCACUGUAGAAACGGCAAGAGCCAGAGAGCUGGCAGAGAAGCCACGCUCUGAGGCUUGUUAGCUGUGCAGAAGAGGUCAAAGGGAGGCCUGGGUGCUUUUGUUCAUCCUCUCCCCACCCUCCAUCUUCAGCUGCCUUGCUGAGAUUUUGAAAUGAUUUCCAUUUCAAAGGCGGAUUUUAAACUAGUCUAAUUGAAUGUUCAGAAGAAAGUGCGCAGGAUUGAAAGGCUUCGUUCCUGCUGCCUUCAGACUUACAGAGCAACCCCACCCGGCAAACAGGCCACAUCCUCUACUGAGCUAGCCCUAAUUUGAGGCUCACCAGGCCCAAGGCUGGAAACUCAUCCUGGAUCCUGACCUCCCCCUUUCCCGCAGUGUUCCUAAGUGUUUCCUCAGCUGGGACCCUCGUAGUCUCAACUCUACAACUGUUGGGGUUGGGUCUGGUUCUGAAGAUACCUCUACCUCCUCCAGGCCCUGGAAGACCUAAGGUAUCAUCAUAAAUACCGAGACAACCCACAACCCAGUGAUGCUUAUUAAAGCAAUGGGGAUAAAUGGAAUUGUUAAGGGAGAAUUUGUUAGAGGAUUUAGGAUGGAAGAAUCCAGAGGAAACCAACAAUGAAAGUUGGGGAGAUGACGAGCGACUGAAAAACCUGCGUAAGGUCAGACAGCUGAAAAAACCCAGGGGAGUGUUUUGACUGAAGAAAGGAGAGACCGUGGUGUUGAAAUAAUCCAAAAUGCUGAAGAGAGAAGUAAGAUAAAACCUGUUACUAAAUUUCUCAAGGGGACUUUGGCUAGAACAUUUCUGUGCAGUGUCUGUGUAAGAGGAUAUAAAGUGUGGUUCCUCUUAUUGUCUUAGGGUAUCAGCACAUCUAGGCAAAUGUAAAAGAAAAGAUGUGAAGAACCACUGCAGCUGAAGAGUGGGCCCAAACCAGUUCUACCAGCACUGCCGCAUCCGUGCUGGGAGAGGGGAGAGCCUGCCACGGCUCAGGGGAAGCAGGUGCAUCCUCCUCAUCUUAAGCCACCCAAGAGGGGCUUCAAGAGCACCAUUUGGAGAACUUUCCAAAUGUCCCUGGGAAUUUGGGUGCUGGGAUUUGCCUCACAUCUGAAAUUCUAUAGGCAAGAGGCUGGACUGAAACUGCCCUCACCUGAGAACAAAGCUGAGUGCAUGGAGAGAUCAACUAUAUCCAUCAAUUGCAGUCUUCUUGGAGAUCAAAUGUUGAUCCUGUGGAAGACGUCUGGUCAAGAGUCACCUCUCCAGGCACGAGGGGUAGACUGGGCUGCAAGGGUUGGACUGAUAGAAGCCCUGGAGCUGAGGAGGAGCUGAACUGAAAUAAUGGGCUAUUAGAGGCAUUGCUGUCACCAGGAGAACAGGAUCCUACAGGGGAUCUCUGAUGAACCCAUGAAAAAGCUUUCACCCCACCCCAAUCCCCUGUUCAUAUCUCUUCCAAGUCUCUAGACUCUAGGAUGGGGAUUCUUUUUCCCUUUGGAAAUAAUUUCCAACUUACAGAAAAGUUGCAAUAUGAGUAAAUAGUCCUUUUUUUUUUUUUGAGCACUUUGAGGAUAAUUGCUAUAAUUGAGGUCAUUGCUGAUCUCAUGUCCCAUGCACCCUGUACUCGUCAGCUUUUUGUCACUAUAACGAAAUACCUGUGGCAGUUAACAUUAUAAACAGAAAAGGUUUGGUUUUGGCUCCAAGUUCCAGAGGUUCACACCCUAAGAUUGGGCAGCCCCAUUGGUUGGAGAUUUAACGAGGGAUUCUUGCUUCGAGAAUCCUGAGGGUGCACAAAGCAUCACAGGGCAAGAGGAAGCACACUCAUCUUUGUGGUCUCUUAUAAAGCCACCAGGAUUUAAUCAUGGGGACUCCCUAACUGCGAAACCUAAUCCAAUGGUCUCCCAAGGGCUCCACCUCCAAACCUGAAAAUUGGAUUAAGUUUCUAUCCUCUUAGUACCAGUGACUUAAUACUGUGCAGACCAAGUCUUUAAUACAAGGACUUUUAAGGGACAUUCAACAUCCAAACUAAUACACAAACCAUAGCACCUCCAAAUGCUGUAAUUUUCAUUUUUUCCGGGACACUUUUCUAUAUAGCCAGAGUACAACCAUCAAUACAAGGGAAGUAACUAAUGAGUUUACUAGGGCUGCCUUAACAAAUUACGGCAAGCUGGAUUGCCUAAGACAACAGAGAUCUAAUCUCUCACAGUUCCAGAGACCAGAAGCCUGAAAUCAAGGCUAGGACCAGCUCCAUCCAAAGUCUCUGGAGAGAAUCCUUUCCUCUGUCAGCACUCCUUGUGGCUCCAACACCCCAAUCUCCUCCUCUGUUUCCACCCAGCCUUCACCCCUCUCCCUCUGUCUGUGUCAGCCCUUCUCUUAUAAGGAUAUCGGUUUGGAUUCGGAGUACCUUAGAAAUCCAGGAUGUGCUCCUCUCAUAUCUUUAACUUCAUUACACCUGCAAAGAUUCUUUUUCCACAGUCAGGAUCACGUUCACCAUUCAGGGAGUUAGGAUGUAGAUAUAUCUUUUGUGGGGGGGGCACCAUUCACCCUACUACAGUAACACUAAUAUAUCCAUUUCAUCUAAUUCACAAACCCAUUGAAAUUUGGACACAUGUCCCACUGAUCUUUAUAGCAAAAGGAGCCAGUCAAGGAUCACAUUGCAUUUAGCUGGCAUGGCUUUUGGGUCCUCUUCAACUUGGAAUGAAUUUCCCAAUAUUUCUGUGACUUUCUUGACCUCGACCCUGUUGAAGAGUACAGCCUGAAAUUUUGCAAAGCUGAUACUCUGGGGCUGGCUCAUACUGGAUCAUGAGAACUAAUUUUUAAAUAUUCAUGAAUUUUGCAAACAAGUUGAUGUCAUGUGGAUGUGGCCACUGUGGGAGCAUUUCCACUAUGGAAAUGGUGCAAUGUCGCUCCCCGUCUUCAUGGAGGAACGACACAGGACCCUGCGCUGUUCUUUCGUCUGCUCGGCCCUCCCCGGGUUUGCUGCUGGUUCUUCCCGGGUUGGCUACCAACCCUUCCACCUCCGUGGAAGGGCGGUUCCCCCUGCCACUUUUCCCCACUUCCGCGGGGGAGCAGCACACCGCCGGCCGGCUCUCUCGGGGGCUGCACAGGUGUUCCCUCAGAUGUUCCCCUUAGAUGUUCCUGGUGCAUGUUGUCUCUCUCCUCCUUUAUAGUCCUCUUCCGCCAAUCCCAACUCUGCUACCCACAUGCCGAGUACGCUGCUCUCCUCCAAUCAGGAGCAGGAUCAGCUCCUGGAGGUCAUCACUCAAGUUGGCAAGAGGCAGCUGCGUAGAAGCUGUUUUCUCCUCUCCCAGUGCCAUAUUGUGGGAGAGCAGAUGCAUAGAAUAAGUCUUAAUUCCAGUAACUCAGUCCAGUCCGAGUUGCUCCCCACAGUGCAAUUCAGGUUUUUUAUUUGCUUUUUCUGGAGAGCUGGUUAUUAAACAUUUACCAGCACACCAUGAAGAAUGUCCUUCAAUUUAGAUUUGUCUCAUAUUUCCUGGUGAUUCUGGUGAGACUCUGUGUUUUUGGCAAGAUAAUAGAAGUAAUUGACUCCUUCACAUUGUUGUAUCUGAUCUCAAUUUACACCAUUACUGAUGAUGAACCUUAAUCAUCUGAUGUAGGUGGUAUCAGGUUUCUUCACUGUAAAAAUCAUUCAUUUUUUCCCUUGUGAUCGAAUGUUUUGUAGCGUGGUCCUUCCUUCUUCUUCUUCUUCUUCUUUUUUUUUGUCAGGCAGAGUUAGUGAGAGAGAGAGAGAGAGACAGAGAAAGGUCUUCCUUCCGUUGGUACACCCCUGAAAUGGCUGCUACGGCCUGCGCACUGCGCUGAUCCAAAGCCAGGAGCCAGGUGCUUUUCCUGGUCUCCCAUGUGGGUGCAGGGCCCAAGCACUUGGGCCAUCCUCCACUGCCUUCCCGGGCCAAAGCAGAGAGCUGGACUGGAAGAGGAGCAACCGGGACAGAACCGGCGCCCCAACCAGGACUAGAACUCAGGGUGCCGGCGCCGCAGGCGGAGGAUUAACCUAGUGAGCUUAUACCUUUCCUGCCACUGCCCUGGGAUCAACAGUUUCUGCAAGAAGCAUUUGUUCCUUCUGAUAAAGAAUGAUAUUUAGAAAAUAGGAUGUGGUGCCAAGUGUGCUCCUAGUUCCUCUCAGUGGACAGAGGGAAUAUAUGCAUGUAUAUGUAGAUUUGUGCAUGUAUUUCUGUAUCUAUCCGUGUGUAUUAAAAACUAUUAGCUCAUAUCCACACCUCCAAUUCCAAUCCAGAGCCACAGGGUUCAUGGUAAUUUUCUUCUGUGAGAAAUUGGCUUCCGUUACUCUCAGCUUAUAUUAUGUAACUGAAUCACACCUCCUGUACAUGGUCAUUCCUCCUUUGCCUUUCUUUGCACCCCCUUCUAACCCUAUCUGGGCCCUGACGCUCAGUGCCAGGCCAUGUGCAUGCCCUCGUCAUGCCGCAGUGCACCCCCUUGCAGAUGACCUCAUCGCUUCCUCGUCUGACACUCCGUGCCGGGUGCUGCACGGACACCCUCUUUGACCCAUUUUGGCCCUGACACUUUGCUCCAGGCUACCACUGCUGCCUCUUAUGAGGGUGCUCUUCUCAUCUCACUCAGCCUCUGAUAUCCCAAGGCUGGCUUCUGCUGUUGCUCCAUGAGACCAACCUGCCCUAUCUUGCUCAAGAAGAAUGACCAAUGUUGCCCCCCCCCGCCCUCCACGAAGAUGCCCAGCUUGCUUAUCCCCUAUGAAUGACUUUUAGAUUGAAUUAUUCAGGAACAACAAUGCUAAAUGUUCCAUAGUGCAUCAGAUAGUCUCACCCAAGGGCCUAUAUAGUGUCCCCAUUAGGAAGUUCUGAAGUAAAAACCUAGGCACAGACAGAAAAAAAAAAAAAAAAAAAAAGAGGGAAAAUUUGGCUGUGUGUCUCCAUCACAGUGUAAGGAAAGACGUGAAACCAGAGAUCCACAUACUAUAGAGCUGUCUCACCGUUUAUUCACUCAGGGAGAACAUGCUGAUUAUUUUCCCAGUUUGCUAGCUCUGGGGAACCAGAAAUGAAUGAACACCACGCCUGCCUUUAAGGAGUGCACAGCCUAGUCACUGUGGAUGCCAUAUUUCAUCAUUUCUAAGAGGCAGGCAGUUGUAAGACGCGUUAUUAUGUGCACCAAGGAAUGAAAAGCUUGCCAAUAGAACAUAAUUCUUAUCUUUUGGAAUUUUUAUUUUAUGCUCAUUGAAAAAGUUCUUUUAUACUUAUCUUUAGACUUAUAUAGACAGUUUUUUCUGUUGCCUUAAAUCAUGUAUCAUUCCUGUACUUUCUUAGUAAUAAUUUUUCAAGUGGAGCAAUUUCCUCCAUCAUGAAAUAUCAUCCUUUUGUGGGAAAUAUUCCUUAAAAAAGUGUUUUCCAAGAUAUUGACACCUAUUUUGUAAGUUUCGAUGGUCCUAUUUUCUUGGUCUUAUAUUUUAAUAAGAUCUUAUCAGAAGUUAAUAUCAAGAAUUAGCAUAAGUGUACUGCAUCAGUUGAUAUAAUUGAUACUUCGAAUUUCUUACAUCUAUUCCAAACGACUUGACAUUUUUCUGGCUUUAGUUGUGUUACUGGGUGUAUAAUUGGCAAUCUGUUUUUAUAUUCUUGGUAACAAAGUACAGUAGAGCUUUGUCUACUUGUGAGUAUUUUUCUUUCUCAGUGUAUCACAAAGCCCUUGGUUUGGAAAGAGAUUUGAGUCAUUCCUAUACAACCUAUAUUUGCUUCAUUAAUAUAAAAUUUAUACCACACUUUUCUGAGUAUAUGCAAUUAUUUGUGUACAGUUACCAUUUGUUUCAAAGUUGAAUCUUGAUAUAAUUUUUUAAAGACCUGACACAUCAAACAGUUAUGUUGAACCCAUAAAACAUACAACUCAGUUGAAGUGAUGACAAUAGGAACAGCAGUGACCAAGUUUGCUUGCACAGGUAAUGACAACUAUGCCACAACCACUGCCUGGCUGAUAGUGAUUGUAAGAUGCAGUUGAGGUAAGACACAUUUCCCUUUCAGUGUUGUUAAUAUUUGAAUAAAUAUGGCUUCCAGAAUCAAUGAAACACAGCAUCACAACCACUCACCUCCCUGUGAUCUGAUUCCACAUUCACAAGCAGUUUUGCAAUAAUUAAUUUGGAUAUGCUAGGCAUUUAGAUAUACUAGUCAUUUAGAUUGGCUAAAAAUAAAAAUCUAGACUGACAAAAUCAGUAUUUAGGGAGGGUGAUCCAAAAGAUAUACAGUGCUAUGGACAUAUCUACCAUUGUCUAUGCUCUUCUAGUCUAAUCCUGCCCUGCUUGUGGUCUGGGCUGAUUAGGCCUGACUCAAUAAUUGUAUCUCUCCAGGAUGGUUAUUAGGAUUGAGUUGGAAGGACUGAAUUACAAAAUCUACUUGGACUAAUUAGAUACCCCUCCUGUGGGGGGAAUCUGGAGUUGGGAGAUUCAGAGACCAAGAUGGUCAGCAAAGGAGCAGAAGUCAAAGGUGCAUUGAGAAUUAUUAUGCUGAGAAGGGUACUGUGGAACCCAAGUUGGACAAGACACCAAAUGAUGCAGAGACUGCUGAAAGCACACUCAGGGAGCCCUAGGGUAGAUGCAUUUCCGGGAGGCUUCCCAACUGCAGUUCCCACAAAGCCAGCUGUCUACCAGAGAUGGGCUGAGACAGAUGUGCCCCAAAUGGGCUGGUGAAUUGGUACCCCUUUGAAAUAACAAUCUUUAAAUAUUGUUCAACAUUGGUUUACUGACUGAGUGUAGGGAAAGACUAAUUUUCUAAAGCUAGAAAUAAAAUAUUUAUUAUAUGUACUUAUUAUAUGAGACUUCCUGAACUAGACAAUUUAUGGAAAAAUAUUAAACAAUAAAGAAUUCCUAGAGUAAAAUUGACCAUAUCAUAUACUUAUAUUAAUCAGGUUCUGACUUUUGGUUGACUGUGAUGGCAGAUUUUAGGCAUACAGAAGUUGGCUAUUAUAAUUGUUGGUAGCUCUAUGUAGAGAUUCAUAGACCCAUUGAAAAAUGUUUUGUACACAUACAUUUGAGAUUGAAUUGAUGAUUAUACUGUGAUAGAUUCUUAGAAUUACAUUUGCCAAAUGAAGUGAUGGAAAUACUUUUAAGAGAAUUGUCAUGUAUUACCAAUUGCUUCAGACAAAAUGCAAAGUAAAGGACUAGAAUUUUUAAACUUAAUAAUAAUGAAAGUCAAUUAAAAUGAACAAAUGAUGCAUAUCCCUUUCCACCAGGAGUAUGUGAAAGUGCCCACGUUACAUCUACUUUGCUGAGCUGACAAAAGUUUUCAACAAGUGAAAGUUUUGUAGGCAAACCAACCCAUCAACCAACCAAAUGAACAAAAAUCAACUCCCUUCAGCCCAUGCUAUUUACCUGUAAUUUGAAUUUAUUUGCUUACUUGUGAGCUUAGGUAUAAUCUCUGUCUUUAUGGAAUUCAGUCAUCCUGACCAGAAUUUUUUUUUGGGGGGGUUACUAUUAUAGAACCUAUCCUUCACUUUA